UUGCUUGACGAACGUCACACACAGAUAGAACAGUGUAGGGUGUUAUAGAGAGACGAGAGUCAACGUAGAACUAGAAUCUGAAGAAGCAAUGGCGAAGCAAGAGAGCCCCGACAUAGUUUCCGAUUUCAUCAACUUCCUCAACGCUUCUCCCACUGCUUUCCACGCUGUCGACGAGGCGAAGAAGCGUUUGCGAAGCGCGGGGUUCGAACAACUCUCGGAGAGGGAAGUGUGGGAACUGCAACCCGGCAACAAGUACUUCUUCACCAGAAACUACUCCACCAUUGUCGCCUUCGCUAUCGGCAAAAGGUACGUUGCUGGAAAUGGAUUCCACAUAAUUGGGGCUCACACGGAUAGUCCUUCUUUGAAGCUGAAGCCCGUCACCAAGGUUGUUAAGGGUGGAAUUUUGGAGGUUGGUGUCCAAUUAUAUGGGGGUGGUUUGUGGCAUACGUGGUUCGAUCGUGACCUGACUGUGGCUGGGAGGGUCCUUGUGCGAGAAGAGAAUGCAGGUUCUGAAUCAUACUCACAUCGCCUUGUUAGAAUUGAGGAGCCUAUAAUACGGAUCCCGACAUUGGCUAUUCACUUGGACAGGACUGUUAAUGAUGAUGGAUUCAAAUUUAACACACAGACUCAUCUUCUUCCCGUAUUGGCAACAGCACUAAAGGGAGAGGUCAAUAAAGUGUCCUCUGAAAAUGGUCCAGUUGAAAGUGGAAAUCAAACUGAUGGAAAGAAAUCAAAUGAUAAAUCAGACACCAGCAAUACAAAGCACCACCUUCUUCUUCUACAGUUGCUUGCAAAUAAACUCGGGUGUGAACCAAAUGACAUUUGUGAUUUUGAAUUGCAAGCUUGCGAUACUCAACCAAGUGUUGUUGCUGGAGCUGCUAAGGAAUUCAUUUUUUCAGGACGGCUUGAUAACCUCUGCAUGUCAUUUUGCUCACUGAAGGCAUUAAUAGAUGCAACAUCCUCUGACAGAAGUCUUGAGGAAGAGACUGGCAUUAGAAUGGUGGCUUUGUUUGACCAUGAGGAAGUUGGAUCUGAUUCUGCACAAGGAGCUGGCUCUCCUGUUAUGCUAACUGCUUUGUCCAGGGUUACAUAUUCCUUCAGCUCAAAUUCCAACCUGCUGGAGAAAGCGGUACAAAGAAGCUUCCUUGUAUCUGCCGAUAUGGCACAUGCACUUCACCCCAAUUACAUGGAGAAGCAUGAAGAAAAUCAUCAGCCUAAACUACAUGGAGGACUUGUCAUUAAAAACAAUGCAGGUCAACGCUACGCAACCAAUGCUGUCACUUCCUUUAUAUUCAGGGAGAUAGCAUCAAAGCAUAACCUUCCCGUUCAGGACUUUGUGGUGCGCAAUGACAUGUCUUGUGGCACAACCAUUGGUCCUAUUCUUGCCAGUGGCGUAGGUGUUCGAACUGUUGACGUCGGUGCACCGCAAUUGUCAAUGCAUAGCAUACGAGAAAUGUGUGCUAUUGAUGAUGUGAAGUAUUCAUACGAGCAUUUCAAGGCCUUUUACCUUGAAUUCUCUCACCUCGAUGCUAAGAUUGCCGUUGACAUGUAGAGGAAAUGCUCAUUGAUCCUUUGCUCUUGAUGUUGUUGCUGAAAUGGUCGUGAUUACAAUGUUGUAACAUUAUUAUAAUGAUGAAGUCUUAAUAAAAUUAGACUCUUAAUGCAAUAUUAGCACGUUUUUUUUAUCUAAGUAGUUCACAUCUGAUAGAAACCAAUCUGCUACUAGAGUAGAAGUUCAAAUAAAUAUACUAUUGUCGAGCAAUAUUCAAUUCAGGAAAUGUAGGACACGACUGUUAUUUGAAGCUACUCCUGUACAUCAGUGCCUACCUGCUUACAAACGAGAAUUCAUCGAGUGAACAAUAUUUUUAGUGAAGCUUAAGUUUGCAUACCCUAUUACCUGUAUUUUUUCCUUUUCAUUUUCUUGUACGUUAUGCUAUUAUAUUAAUAGCUUACCUCUGUUUCCUC